AUGGAUUAUAAAGUCCCCACGCAUGCAGAAAUCGACGAUUAUUUCUCUACUAAUCCAAUGUCGGAAUGGCACCUUCUUAAUAUCACCGAGAAAAAUGAGAAUGACAGUUACCCCAAAUACGCUUCGGAAUAUGCGAAAAAGCUAAGGAUGGCUAUGAAGACGAAAGGAAAAUUUUUCAUGAAUCUUGCCGAGAAGAUUGUUGAUCGCGUUGAACGGCGAGAACCAAUGAAGGAAAAUGAGAUUGAUAUUCGGCAAAAACAGACCAUGCGAGAUCAACUAUCUGAGUCGAAAGCAUUGGACGAAAUAACCAAUGCGAUUGUUGGAAAACGUAAAAGAGACGAUAAUGACGAUGAUGAGAUUGACAAUAGUAAGAUUUCUAAAAAUGGCAACAUUGAACCAAUGGUCCAAGAAAAUUAUGAAAAAAUAACUACUUCUGAAAAAGGACAUAGUAAUGGUUUCGAAAUAUCUUCAUUUGGUAUUGAAGUGAAAUCCAAACAAAUAUCUACGUGGGAUUAUGUAAUACAAAAAUGGAAAUAA